AUGGCCUGCAAGUUUAAUCUUGAAGGAGUGCUAGCGAAGGUAAACGCCAUAGAUCGGGCCAAAUACGAUUUGCCGCUGCGCGAUAGCCAGGUUAUCAAGCGUGAUCGGAACGAAGUGAGCGUCGACAGUCUACUGAUGUUCUUAUACGAGUACAUGAAGCACAUCAUCAAGCGCAACGCAAGCCCGAAUCGAUUGUUCAACAUGGUUGAGACGGGCUUUUCCCAGGAGAACAGGCUGACAGAGGUUAUCGUGGUCGAGGGCUUGUGGAAUGUGUGGAGCAAGUCCGCACAUUGA